AUGGUAGGAGUGGGUCUAUUGCUGCCGCGCAAGAAGAGGGGAAGGAUAGUCUCGGUUUGGGGGUGGAUCUCACGCAGCAAGGCCUGGGGCAUUGAUGGGUCUGCGCCUGGGGGGGCAAGGCUGGGGAUGGGAUGGGUCUUGGGGGCAAGGGCUGGGGUUUUAGGGUUUAGGGUUGAUGGGGUUGUUGGAGGAGAUAGAGCUGGGGGAGGUGGUUGGCGAUAG